GAAACCCCCUAUUGAGUAUUAGAGGACCCCUCACUUUCUUCUUCUCCAAAUUUUUUUGGUAGCAAAGAAAAACUUUGCUUUUACUUUCCAAUUUCUCAUCAUUACUUCAAAAUCCCACUUUUUUUUAUUACUCCUAUUAUUUUUUUUUUCCUUUCACCAUUAAUUUUUUUUUUCCUUUCACCCUUAAUUUUUUUUUUCCCCUCAAUUUAUAUUUUUAUGAUUUUUUGAAUAGCACUUUUUCUGUAUUUGAUUACAAUAAAUAAGCUAACUUUGUGUCACAAAAUUUGGAGACCAACCCAAACUCUCUUAUUUUGUUAUCUUUCUGGGAUUUCCCAACUUUUUAAUUUUUGGUUGAUCUAGAAAUCUAAGUAGCACUUGUCUUUUGCGAUAAAUUUUUUUAUAAGCUUGCGUUAUCUACAAUUCUUUCUCACUCAAUGCUUUGAAAACUUUGCAAAAUUCUAUCAAUUGUAUUUGUAUUAUUAUUACUCGUAUUAUUAUUUUGUUGUACAAUUAUUCCUUGAAAAUGGAAGAUAAUAAUAUUAAUACAGGAAGUAAAUUCAAACGGGUUUGUGUAUUUUGUGGGAGUAAUCCUGGUUAUAGACAAGUUUUCAGUGAUGGUGCCAUUGAUUUGGGCAAUGAACUGGUGAAAAGGAAGAUGGAUUUGGUUUAUGGUGGUGGAAGUGUUGGAUUAAUGGGGUUAAUUUCCAGGAGAGUGUUUAGUGGAGGCUGCCAUGUUUUGGGUGUCAUACCUCAUGCUCUCAUGCCUAUUGAGAUAUCUGGAGAAUCUGUUGGAGAAGUAAGAAUUGUUGCAGACAUGCAUGAAAGAAAAGCUGAAAUGGCUCGAGAGGCUGAAGCUUUUAUUGCUCUUCCUGGUAUGGAUACUGCAUUUUUUGAGUUCCAAGCCUUCACAGAUGUGUGUACUUCAAUGUGUGUAAACAGUUUCAAUCGUUUCAUAGGUGGGUAUGGUACAAUGGAAGAGAUGUUGGAGAUGAUAACCUGGGCUCAGCUCGGAAUUCACAAGAAACCGGUGGGCCUUCUCAAUGUCGAUGGCUAUUAUGAUUGUUUGCUUCAACUUUUUGACAACGGUGUAAAAGAAGGAUUUAUCAAACAAGAUGCGCGUGAUAUAGUAGUAUCUGCCCCCAACGCGGAAGAGCUUUUGACGAAAAUGGAGCAAUUCUCUCCGUCACAUCAACAUAUUGCACCUCAUGAAAGCUGGCAAAUGCAGCAAUUGGGUGAAUAUCCAAGCCAACAAAAUGUUCAGUGAUUCUUCUCCAACUAUUGUAGGUACACAUAAUAUAUAGAUUGAUUCAGAUAAGAUGGAACCAUCAUUAAAGUUUGUUUAGGAGAAAAAAGAAAAAGAAAAAAAGGUGCCUUCAAACAAAGGCCCUGUUUGCUUGUUUGGUUUUCCUACUCAUUAGAUUUUUCUGAUUCUGGUGAAAUGCUUUUUGCUGCUUGCUUGUAACUCAUUGGACCUCGAUAUUAUGUUCGUCAAUGCAUAACUUAUUUUAUCUAAUGUUCCAUACUGAUGUUAAUUGCAA